AUGGUAGAUGUGGUUCGCGAUGAUAAGACGCAAGUUGUUUCUGUGAUUAUUGUACAUUCUUUCAGUGAAAUUCCGGGUUACAUUGGACAUCUCUUUCUUGGUGGUCUUACGGUGCCAUCUGCCAAGCUUGCACAUGUUAGUUCACGUGAUAAAGUUUUAGACGGAAAGAUCGUAGAAUGUAUAUGCGUUCCUGGUGUCGGUUGGAAAGUUCUACGUGUGCGCACUGACAAGACAGAGCCGAACUAUCACAAAUCAGGAGUCGCCAUUAUUGAAAGUAUCAUGUAUCCUGUAACAGCUGAGCAGCUGGUUAUGUGUGUUCGACAACGUCAGAAUAAGACAAAUCCACAACAACAAGCCUCUUCUUCUCGAGAACCUACUGCAUCACAUCACAAAUAAUGAUCUCAUGGUCUAGAAAUUAUAACCACCUAACUUGUUUGUAAAAAUUGCAUGAUUAUCAGUCGGUUUAGUACAGUAUUUUCUUUCUGAAUUCAAUAUGAAUAUCGUUCAUGUAAAUAUGAGAAUUUUGUAAAAAUAAUUUGUG